AUGGAGCUCCCUGAGGUGGAGGACAACGCGGAGUUCCUGGAGCGACUGAUGGAGGUGACCUCGCGCAGCCUGCCCCAGCUGGAGCUGCAGGAGCAAUACACCAUCCUCAAGGAGCUGGGCAGCGGCACCUACGGCAGCGUGCUGCUGGCAGAGCACCGCGAGCGAGGCACGGCCCUGGCGUUGAAGCUGAUGCCGAAGGAGAGGACGGAGCGGCGGGCAUUCCUGCGGGAGUACUGCAUUGCGCUCUGCCUGUCUGCCCACGCCGGUUUCCUGCGCACUCUGCCCAUAGCUUUCGAGAGCCCCACCCACUUUGCCUUUGCCCAGGAACUAGCGCCCGCUGGGGACCUGUGUGCAAUCGUGCGUGACGGGGAGGGUCUCCCAGAGGCCCAGGUGAAGCGCUGCGCGGCACAGCUGGCUGAGGCCCUGGACUUCAUGCACGGCAAAGCCCUGGUGCACCGGGACAUCAAGCUGGACAACGUGCUGCUCUUCGACUGCGAGUGCCGGCGGGUGAAGCUGGGCGACUUCGGGCUGACGCGGCUGGAGGGCACGCCCGUCUGCGCCAUGUCGGGCACUCUGCCCUACGCGCCGCCCGAGCUCUGCCUGCUCGAGGCCUCGGAGACGCUGGAGCUGGACGCCAGCCUGGACGUGUGGGCCUUCGGGGUGCUGCUCUUCUGCCUCGGCACCGGCUGCUUCCCCUGGGACGUAGCUGUCAGUCCCGACCCCCAGUUUGAGGAGUUCGGCGCCUGGCAGAACAGCACGGUGCCAGGGGAGGCGCCGGCGCCCUGGAGGGCUUUCGGCACCGCAGCCCAGGAGAUGUUCCGGCGGCUGCUGACCCUCGACCCCAACCGCCGCAGCCCAGCCAUCGAGGUGCACAAGUACCUGCCCCUGGUCUGGCUGGCGAGCAGCCUCCGGGAGCUGGACGGUGUCGGGGGACUGGGGGGCCAGGAGCACAGCCAGAGCCUGGCCGGAGAGCAGCACGCCCCGGCUCUGCAGGUCACCAGCCAGGAGUCCUGCCACCCGGAGGGGUCCCUGCUGGCUCCUCAGCUCUCUCUGAACGUGUCCCUGGCUCAUGUUGGGGACACAGUUGCUGUGAAGUGUGUGGUCCCAGGAGAGUCCACCAUGACCCGCGUUAUCUUCUGCGAGGACGGGCAGGAAGCUGCAAGUCAAACGAUCACCCCCGGACGGCGCGAGCAGCAGCGGAGGAGGGGAGGAGCCGACCCGCACAGGCCUCCAGGUGGGCAGAGUGAGGAUGGGAAGAGACGGAGCGAGGCCAGGGCCUCGGGGGGAAGAGGACGAGUGGGAACUGGGCCUCCAGGAGGAUCGCUGGCAGGCCAGGGCCAGGGCCUGGGCAUCCUUUCGACAACAGCACACUCCAAAGGGCCAGUCACGUCCCACACCAUCUGGGCCGCCCGCUGCGCUCUGGUCCUGCUCCUCCUGGUGUCUGCUCCCGUCAUCACCUUCAUACUGGAGAAACGGGGCCUGCCCGAGCCUGCAGGGCUGGAGGAGACUCCUCGGGAAGCAGCAGCAUCAUGGGAAUGA